AUGAUCGGCCGCCUUCACCUCCGCGCCUUGGCUCCGAUGGCCCGCGCCUGCAAGAUGAGCAUGGCUCCGUCGGCCCGCGCCAUGAUGGCCGCUCCGUGGAGCGCCCGUAGCAUGUCCACGGACAAGAUCAGCUUUACCUUUAUCGAAGCCGAUGGCACCAAGAAGGAUGUGACAACCGCAGUCGGCGAGACCAUCUUGGACAUUGCCCACGCCAACGACAUUGAGCUCGAGGGCGCUUGCGGCGGCGAACUCGCGUGCUCGACGUGCCAUUGCGUCUUUGAUCCGACGAUCUUUGCGACGUUGCCCGCGAUCUGCGAAGAAGAAGAAGACAUGCUCGACUUGGCAUGGGGCUUGACCGACACGUCGCGCCUUGGCUGCCAGGUCAAGGUCACAAAGGACAUGGACAAGAUGGUCGUCAAGAUCCCGGACGAGAGCAACAACAUGAUGUAA